CAAAACCCCUUCCAUUCCCGUCCUCUUCGUCUCCUCCCGCUCUAACCCGAAUGAAACCUCCGCCCUCCAUAUAGCCGAUUAGGGCUUUCAUUGCUCCCAUUUCUCGCUAUGGCUCUCUCCACCAUGCGCCGCCUCGGCUCUUCCUCCAUCUUUCUUUCUCGCUGUCGCCCCUUGCUCCUCUUCCCCGCCAUCUCGGCGUCGCUCCCAUCUUCCCGCCGCGUCUUCGUCGAACUUCAUCCUCUCUCCGCCGCGUCGACCCUGGCCGUCCGGACGGUGAGUUCGAAGGGGAGCGACCGGGAGGAGGAAUCUUCCAUUACGGCGAGGUUGGGGGAGGUGGGCGACAGGGGUGGCCGUAAUGGUGGGCUGAUGGUGGAGGAGCACAGUGGCGCCCAGGAGGGAAUGGUUAUCCCUGCAGAGCUCCCCAAGGAGGCCAAAGAGGCGUACAUGGCGUAUGCCCUGUCGGUGCUGGUCGGUCGUGCUUUGCCGGAUGUACGGGAUGGUUUGAAGCCGGUGCACAGGAGGAUACUGUAUGCAAUGCAUGAACUGGGUCUUUCGUCUCAUAAGCCUUUUAAGAAAUGUGCUAGGGUUGUUGGAGAGGUUUUAGGUAAGUUUCAUCCCCAUGGAGAUACAGCGGUUUAUAAUUCUCUUGUUCGAAUGGCGCAGGAUUUCUCUCUCAGAUGCCCUCUCAUUCGUGGACAUGGUAACUUUGGGUCAAUAGAUGCUGAUCCUCCUGCUGCAAUGAGAUAUACAGAGUGCAGAUUGGAAGCACUAGCUGAGGCUAUGCUCUUAACAGAUUUGGACCUGAAUACUGUUGACUUUGUUCCCAAUUUUGACAGCUCACAAAAAGAACCUUCUCUCUUGCCUGCUCGUAUUCCAAAUUUGCUGUUAAAUGGAUCUUCUGGAAUCGCUGUUGGAAUGGCUACAAAUAUACCUCCCCACAACCUUGGGGAACUUGUAGAUGCACUUUCUGCUCUGAUCCGAAAUCCUGAGGCUACUCUCCAAGAAUUGCUGGAAUAUAUGCCUGGGCCUGACUUUCCUACUGGAGGAAUAAUUUUAGAAAAUUUUGGGAUCUUGGAAACAUAUAGGACAGGACGAGGCAGCAUAAUGGUGAGAGGGAAGACUGAUGUGGAAAUACUUGAUGAGAAAGCCAAACGCAGUGCCAUAAUAAUUAAGGAGAUUCCUUACCAGACAAAUAAACCUGCUCUAGUUGAGAAAAUUGCUGAACUUGUGGAGCAUAAGAUUUUAGAUGGUAUAUGUGAUAUUCGCGAUGAAAGUGACCGCUCUGGAAUGCGUAUUGUUAUUGAGCUGAAAAAGGGGUCAGAUCCAUCAAUUGUUCUCAACAAACUUUAUCAGCAUACUACUCUUCAGUCUAGUUUUAGCUGCAACAUGGUAGGUAUUCUUGAUGCGCAGCCAAAGCUGAUGGGCUUGAAGGAAUUGCUUCAGGUGUUUCUUGAAUUUAGGAGUUCUGUCAUUGAAAGACGUGCAAGAUUUAAGCUUAGUCAAGCUUUAGUACGAAAACAUAUUAUAGAGGGCAUCAUUAUUGGUCUUGAUAACUUGGAUGACAUUAUAAAUAUAGUCAGGGAAACAUCUAGUAACACUCUGGCUAUAGCUGCUUUAGUGAAAGGGUACAAUUUAUCUGAAAAGCAAGCUGAAGCUUUGAUGGACAUUGCUUUGAGGAAACUUACUCUUCUUGAGAGAAAGAAGUUUAUGGACGAAGAAAAAUCAUUAUCAAAACAAAUUUCUUAUCUAAACGAACUCUUGUCUAGUAAGAAGCUUAUCUUCAAGCUUAUAGAGAAAGAAGCAAUUGAGUUGAAGCAUAAAUUUGGAAGCCCAAGGCGUUCAUUGAUUGAAGAUUCAAGGAGUAGUCAACUUGAUGAAAUAAAUAAUAUUCCUAAGAGAUGCAAGAAAGUAGGUAAUCAAGUGACAAAAGGCGAAAUCACUCGCCCCUAGCGCCCCCGCCGCACCCGACCCAAGGAAGAAAGUAGGUAAUCAAGUUUAUAGCUUUGCUGGUGCAAGAAAUUAGCUAAUCAAGUGGUUAAGUGUAACUUUAAUAGCUUAGUGCAAGAAAGUUACUGUGCUAAAUAGUUAAUACCUUGUUUGGGUAAUGUUGGUUUUCUUUUUCUGUGCUUUUCGACAUAAUUAGUGUGUAUUUCUUUGGUCUCAAAAUUUUCUGUGUUCUUUUAUUUUCUUGA